CUAAAGCAGGUUUUCAAUAGGCGUUUAUGCUCAAUUCUGGGCAAGCACCGCACUCAGUUUCUGUUCCUGUUCGUGCGAAGUUGAGAGAUUCAGUGUUCCUCACUGACAUUGAACAGGAUUGAGCUACAAUGAUGCUGUCACUGUGCUGCCUACUGCUUUGUUUCAGUCAUGUUGAGAUGUUCACUGUUUCCUCUGAUCAGCACAUUGCUGCAGAGGCUGCCAAAGAUGUUACCAUUAAAUGUACAUUUACCGGCAAUGGUGACAGUAAUCCUACAGUGAUCUGGGAGAAGGUAGGUGUAUCACAAACUGUACACAAAUACCAGGAAAAUAAGAAUGACUUCAGUGAACAGCACAGUAACUACACCAAGAGAACUGAGCUUCGUGGAAGCUUAGUGAAUAAAGGAGACGCAUCUCUUACGCUGAAGAAUGUUAAUAUCUGGGAUGAAGGAACUUACAUGUGCAGAGUCAGCACUCACGGUGGAUUUGGAGAAGCAUCCGUGGAUCUGUCUGUGUGGGCAACAAAUAAUGAUGGUAUCCAUAUCUUUUGGAAAUCUGAACAUGACCGUGAAGUGUUGUCUUGCCAAUCUGAAGGCUUGUACCCAGAACCAAAGGUUAGUUGGGUGGAUAAGUAUGGUCAGAAUUUGGACGAAGAUUGUGAAACGACCCUGACCAGAGACGACAAGGGAUUGUUCAAAGUGCAGCAUGACCUGAAAAAAUGGCAUGAUUCAAGAAAUCAGUAUAUUUGCUCCGUGCAUCAUGAGUUUCAUGCAGUGCCUCAGCUUGCUCGAGUAGCAUUCACAGAUGGAAGAACCAUAGUUCGUGUGGAUGAUGGAAACGCUUCUUCAGAUUUAUAAUUCAAAAGCCUUGUCACAAUGAAGCCUUCAAAUAAUUCUCCAAUUCUCACUAUGGAUUCCAAAGCUUUUGCAGGUGGAAACCUGCAUAUUGUCUGUUUCUUUUCUAUUAAUCAGUGAUCUAUAGCAGAAGAUGCUCUGAGUAACUGGGAGAUAACAUCAUCGCUCAUCUGUCUUUUUUUGUACCUGAAGAACAAGUGGUUAGCAUUGGAAAAUUGAAAAUUGCGGGGCUGGGGGCACCUUGUCCAAACCAUUGAUGCCUAAGUCUCACUUGGUGCCAUAUUUAGGCAUGCUUGCAAAUGGGCGAAUAGCCUACUUGCAUAAGUAAGCACGAAGCUUGAGGCUGCUUAAAUGUGCAGAUUGGGGCCUACAGCUUUUAUAGGACCUUGAAGAAAAUUCAAGUUCAAAUUCUCAGCGCUUGCACCAUUCCGUCUCCUCAGUCUUGAGUUGCAGUUUUCAAAGGCCACAAACUAAUGCCAAUUUAUCAUCUCAUUAAUCAGGAGACAAUUGCUUAAAAUUCAAGUGAUUUGCUUUUAUAAUAGAGUUGCUCUUUUUUAAAACUUAAAACAAAUAUAGAUUGACAAUUGGUUUGCAAA